CAGGCCGGUUGGACCGAGGGGGGCAGGGUCAGGAUGGCUUUGACCUGUGGGAUCUUCCAAGUCUGGAAGCUCUGGCCUGCCCCCUGCCCUGUUCAUGCCCCGCUUUUGAACUCGGAGAAAGGAGUGUGGAAGGGACUUGCUGUAAAAGACAGGGUAUAGGGUCCAGAAGGACAUACGUGAAGAGUUGUGGCCUGUAGGGUGUUGUUUUCUGCUCUAGAGGAGAAAAUUGAGGACAGGCUUGACUUGAAUACUUGGGAGAGUUGCUGAAAGGUGUUGGAGCCUGUGGUCUGUGUGGCCGGGCCUCCUUGGGAGACCCAGGGUCAGGGAAAAGGGACGUUAGAGCUUUGAGCUGGGGUGGGGAGAAGAGGAAAUGGUUCAUUUGGCGAGGUUGUGCAGGAGCCAAGACUAAAGUGAAGACAGCCUGUGGACUUACCACAAGAGGAAAGUAGAGGUACUUAGGGAAAAGUGAGUGGGAAGAGAAGAGAAGUUAGUGGGCAUUAUUAGCAAACAAGAACGGCAGAGCCAGAAAGGACCUCAGAGGAGAAAGCUUAAGCCUGGACAGAUUCAGUGAUUUGCUCCAAGUGGGCAGCACAGGCAUUCCCAGGCCAGUGCUCUGUUUCACAUUGGGCAUUGUCAGGUGGCAGGUGGAGUUUUCUUUCCUGUAAUACGCAGCUGUGUGUGUGUGUGUGUGUGUGUGUGUGUGUGUGUGUAUCUCAAAGAUGCUUUAGAUGAUGGUUACAGGAUAGAAGAGUUCAAGUGGCUAUUAAGGCUGUGAGCAAGGGCCCCAUGGUCUCAGUACAAAGGAAAAUACGUCAACUUUAUUCAUAUUAUGUCAGCCAAACCUUCUGGGGGGGAGUAAAGUAAUGGCAAAGGGGUAGAUGGACAUAUCUUUUAAAAAAGUAUAACCUAGUUGUGAAUGCUUACCUAAGGUAGUUUCAGUGUUCCUGGUGGGUUCUUGGUCAUCUGAUUUUUCUGCCUUUUCUUAUCAGAGUAUGAAAAUGGAGGACAAAUAUCUUGGCCUCAAUCCCCAAAAAAGUUUAUUCCUAUAAAAGGCACAGCCAAAAAGUCAGUAGCUCGGCUGUCUGAAACUGUGAAGGUCAUGUGGUUAUUUUCUACCAGUCUAUAGUUUUCACAGGAAAAACCACCAUGACAUCUUACCUGACCAGCCGUCCUGAGAAGGUGUGUUUUUUGGCACUAGUGGAACAGGGAAAGUGUUUCUGCAGAACUCUCCCUGUUUUCUCCAAUUUUCAUGGAGAGCUGGGAUUUGCCAUCUUUUGACCAGGAACCCUGAAAUCUACCCUUGGGCAUGGCCCAGUCCCUCGUGGCGCAAAAUUGAUCUCUUGGGCAUCUAUGUGGAACCCAAGUGUUUGAGACUCGGAGUAACAGCCACUCGUAUUCUCAUGAUCUUGUCCCGCAGCAAACUGGUAUCCAGUCCUCUGUCAUGCUCUACUGGUUCAAAUAUGUGUCUGUGUCUUCUCCUGCUGGCCUUUUCCCUGGCCAAGCUUGGUGACUUAUAUUCCCUGGCCUGGGGAGAAAGGGGCCGAGCAGCCAGGGAGAGUGUCAGGCGGGGGCCUGAGAUGCAGCCUGAUGUGCACUGUGAUGGCACCUGCUCGUUUUUAUGCCAUUUGAGGAUAAAGCACCUUCCAGAUGCCUUCCUUUCAGAGACUUAGGAAACUUACCUCGUACAUCUCCACUGCUAGGAGGACUUGUGGGUGAUGGACAGCCCUGUCACAGUCCAUCGGGGAAUUCCUGAGUAGAGGGUCAGGAGAGCUUCCAUGAAACCAGAGUUUGGUACACUGCUUCUUGGAGAAUGGUCUGGGUCAUAAAAGCUGGGAUCCACCUGUGAGGAUAGGCAAGCGGCCAACAGUCAGAUCGUAUCCGUAUGUAUGGGGCUACAGGGAUUAAUGUCCUCCCCUCCAGUUAUGGUGACCCUAAAAUAGUGAAGGGGACCCUGGGCAGUGAUUGCUUGUGCAGUGUCCCUGAGGCAGUAGCCCUUGGGUGGCCAGGUAAUUAACUUUAUUUUUGCCUUUGAUGGAAGAAUGUUGCAAAACCAAUUAGGCUGUAGAAAGUGCCAGUGGAAUUGUUUAAUUAGAGCUGGCUCUGACCAGGAUGUCACCUUCCCACCCCCAGUUCCACUAGUGCUUAACAGCUUGGUGAUAGAAGGGAGCUCAGGGGCAAAUUUACACCCACUGGGUCCAAAUAGGGAAACUUUACCAAGCUCUUCAACUAAGUCUUUGUAAUCUUUAGGAUUAGAAAUUGAGAGUGACUUUAGUUUAAGUGUGCAGAUCCUUUAACUGAUCUGCUUGUUUUAGAAUUCUGUUUCUACGGUAUCCUGAGAGUUUCCCAACCUUUUUCUAAUGAACUGUGCGGCAAAGCACGUAGGAGGUUGGUUUGCAGGCUUGAAGAGAUCUGGAGAAGAAGAUAGAGAACUUACAGUUGACCUUGUGCUGACUCAGGCAAAGAGGAAGGACUGUAGUGGACUGAGGGCAACUCCACCCCCCUCGGGUCACACCCAGGUUGUCGAGGGUGGGCAGAGUGGGAGGGGCUGGGAUGCAAGAGUGGGAUGCUCACUUUGGGGGUAUUUUUAAUCCACAUUUAAUUAAAAAAAACCAACUACCUGUGUUAACAUUAAAGCUGAAAGUACAAUUCCAGUGCAGUCUAACCAAUGCAAUCUGUCAAUGCAGAGCCUGAUGUGUGGCUUGAUCUCAUGAACUGUGAGACCAUGACCUGAGCCAAAAUCAAGCACGUCCAGCUCAACCCACUGAGGCACCCAGGAGCCCCUAGGGGUUUCUUUUGACGUUGAACUCAUUAGCCAACCCACAGACCCUAUGUAAACCUAUCUUGCCUAUUUCAGUCAGAACUUUUCCUUUCCAGAACGAUUGCAUGGAUAGAACAGAUAAUAGAAAGCAAAUUUGCUCCUAAAAUGUUCACUCAUUGGCUUUGUUAGAGGGGAAACAGUAAGACAAGUAUCGUUUAAAAUGUAUGUUUAGAUAACUACAUUGCGGCUAUAAUUUAUUGUUUUUGCUCUGAAUGUGUAUGUUUCUCUAGUCAGUUAUCACUAAAUGGUUCCUGCAUCCUAGGGGAAGGGUUAUAUUUCUUUUGGAAAAUGGGAUCAAACCCAGUACGUCUUUGUUCUUAUUUUUCUUUGUAUAUUUGAUCAAAUAUACCAUCACCCUGAAGCCCCCCACCAGUGGGCAGGAACCAGGGGAGGCCUGAGAGCAAGCAGCCCAACCCCAGCACAUACCUUCCCCUUUGCCAUGGCGAGGGGAGAGAGGUUUGGGAAGGAAUCCACACCCUGUGUUCUGCGGUUCACAGACCAGAUUUUAAUCCUGGUUUCAUCACUGACUUCUUCAUUAGCCCAUUGUAACCAUCAAAUCAAUAUAAAUUUGCCAUGGGUUCUAGCCUGUUCCUCUAACCCAAUGAUGGCUGUGGACAUAGAGUGCAGGUACAGCUGCAUGGCCCCUUCCUUGCGCAGAGAGAGGUUCGCCUUCAAGGCUUCGCCAAAGCCAAGCAAACCACUGAGGCCUUGCAUUCAGCUGAGCAGCAAGGAUGAAGCCGGAGGAAUGGUGGCCCCCACCGUGCAGGAGAAGAAGGUGAAAAAGCGGGUGUCCUUCGCAGACAACCAAGGGCUGGCCCUGACAAUGGUCAAAGUGUUCUCGGAAUUCGAUGACCCGUUAGAUAUUCCGUUUAACAUCACUGAGCUCCUAGACAACAUUGUGAGUCUGACGACAGCAGAGAGCGAGAGCUUUGUUCUGGAUUUUUCACAGCCUUCCGCAGAUUACUUAGACUUUAGAAAUCGGCUUCAGACCGACCACGUAUGCCUUGAAAACUGUGUGCUGAAAGACAGAGCGAUUGCUGGCACAGUGAAAGUGCAGAACCUGGCGUUUGAGAAGACGGUGAAAAUACGGAUGACAUUUGACACUUGGAAAAGCUUCACAGACUUUCCCUGUUGGUAUGUGAAGGACACUUACGCUGGUUCAGACAGGGACACGUUCUCCUUUGACAUUAGCUUACCCGAGAAAGUUCAGUCUUACGAGAGAAUAGAGUUUGCUGUGUGCUUUGAGUGCCGCGGACAGACUUACUGGGACAGCAACAAAGGCAAAAACUAUAGGAUCAUCCGGGCUGAACUGAAAUCCUCUCAGGGAACAGCCGAGCCACAGAACGGACCAGAUUUUGGAAUAUCCUUUGACCAGUUUGGAAGCCCUCGGUGUUCCUACGGUCUGUUUCCAGAGUGGCCUAGUUAUUUAGGAUACGAAAAGCUAGGGCCCUACUACUAGUGACUGUGCGUGACAGAGCGCGGCUGAGUGGGUCCUGGGAAGUCUAGCUGCAGUCACAGGCAGGCGGAGACGGAGCCAGAGAGCAGCUGAACUGCCAUUAGGCACAGUUUUCGAAAAUGAAAGGAUCCUACUCACUUUUUUCUGAAGCCAGCAAGACCCAGCCAGGGUUAGAUCUCACGACUGGUUUCGCACGCCAGGGUAGAUGCGGGGUGCUGGUCUGCUCGGCACCUGCGGCGGCCUCGAGGGUCGGAGCAGGAGACCAGUGUGGGAAGGGCCUGGGCCGGAACCAGCCUUGCGGGCAGUGCUGGAGAAGCUGGAGGGCAGUGGCUUCGAAAUGAUGCAACCAGGAGCGUGAUCCGGCUGCCUGGAGGGGCCGCGCCUCCCUCCCCGGGAUGUGGAAAAUCAGUCACCUGAAAGUCACUCCGUGCCCAGUCACCUCCCAUUGGACCCUUGCGGCUCAUCUUUGCGCGCUGUCUGCCCAGCCGGGUCGCCCCCCCACCCCCCACCCCUUGCUGCUGCUGUUCCAGGUCUCCAUGUACUUCACGCUUUAUCUCUGUGCUGUUUAUUUUUUUUUUUGCAUUUUAUUAUCGUCCACAGCUCAUCUGAUGCCGAGGGAAAGAUAAGCAAGGCAAAUUAGCCUGUGCCGAAGACAGGCAUUUCCUCUUUCUGACCCCACAGAGCGUCCAGCAGAGAACGAUGCCCCAGUUAGCAAAAGUAACUGGCUCCAGUGCUGGGUUACAGACUGUGACAGGCAGGACAGUCUGGGUGGGACACGGGUAGCAUGUCCGCUUGGCGUCUGGGGGAGCUUUCGAAGUACUCGCUCCUGAGUCACCAGACGGCUCCGUUACAGGAUUUGUUUGAACUUGCUCGCUGGUUUGCAGGCACCCCAUUCUUCACAAAGGGAUUUGAGACUCUCCUUUCCUCGAGAGCCCUCCUUCCUGCCGUGUUCAGGACAUUGUGAUUUGCAGAUCCCAUCUAUCCUCAAAGCCUUCAGUGAGUGUUUGGUCUAACGCUGACCGUGAUCUGCGACACACAGGCCUCUUUCCGAGCACGCAGGGACUGUGACCUGGGGCUUCUUAUUUAUGGAGUGCAAGUGCAUAAGGGAUCAGGGAGAAAAACCUCACCAAGUUCUCACAUUUUAUUUUCCAUGUUUGGCGACUCUGAAAUAUCAGAGGUUACUUGUUCUUAACCAUAUUGGACUAACGCAUUAAAAGUUGUCGGUUCAUACUGAUGUGAGACUCCUGGGACUUUCAUUGACAGAUGGAUCCCCAGAGCCUGUGAGUUUUCUUGGGCAAGAUUGGCUUGUACUUGGAGGUGUUUAAAAAAUAUUUUACAUAUGUAUUUGAAGAAGGUUGGGUUUUUGUUUUUUUUUUUUCUGUUUUGCUUUUGUUUUUGGAGCUUAGUUAAAUGGCUGUCUCGUUUUCCUUUUGCCUGAUCUGCGUAAAGUGAGGCAGGAAGAGGGGUGCACAGCUGCCUGGACACGGAGGCACAGCUACUGGCCUUGGCAAGCGAGGAGUCGCUUUGGCUUGCGUGUUCCAGACCGAUUAGAAAAAAACCUCCUGGCUUCUGUGGCUUUGUCCAUUGGUGCCAGGCAGGUAUGGAGGGUCCAGGCUCCUAGAGUUUUGUGGUUGGGUUUUUUUGUUUUGUUUUGUUUUUUUCUUUCUUUUUUGAACUUUAACAUAUUUCGACUUUUUAAAUGUUCUUAAGCGGUGUGGUGGUUGAUGUUAGUUCUUGUUCCUAAAACUGGCUGUUACUAGUCUGCGACCUAGUGCUUUAUUGCUUAUGCCUCUCCCAGGUGGGUAGGACUCGGGGAUUGCGUAAUACAAUAUAUGGGACAGUCACAUUUUUGUCUUGUGCUGAACUUGGGCAGAACUGUGUUUUAUUCUAAGCAUAUCUUACAUCAGGCACACAGACGGCACUUUUGUUGUUACGGAUCUGGCGACCAGCACGAUUGAUAGUGCAAAUCAAAGUCGAAUGGAAGCAAAACUGAUUUCGUAGAGGUCGGGAAUAUAUUUUAAGAAGUCCUGGGCCACCUCUGUCCAGUCAAGAAAGGUACAGGAUACACUGUCAUUUACAUGUUACCAGACUAAAGCUAACGAGAUCACUCUCUAUGCAAAAGAAAAAUGCCUCAGGUGGCUCCCGUUCGUUUUUUCAGUAAUGGUGAUCUUCAGACAUUCCGGGGUCAAAUUUGAAAUAUGGUAAUUCAGUGAUCAGUAUCUCUUAAAACAGCCAUAAGCCCUCCCCCCACCAUUCUUUCCUGGCAGCUCACCCCAGCUUUGUUGCUGGGGGCACUGGUUGCAAGCCCCCCCAGCCAGUACACCUGGGAUGCUCAGCCUCCCAGGCAAGUCGUCACCUGCUUGCAAAGACCCUCCCCUGACGAGAGAAUGCAGUUCCCUGUCAGUCAUUUCGCUGAGCAAGGGGCCUCUGAACAGUUGUACUGUCUUUAUUCAGCCGUCAGUCCAUCUCCCUUUGGCCCAGUUCUGUCCCAGGAUAUCCACAGAUGGCCCCGGGACCUGCUUCAACAGAACCUCUCCUUCUUUCAGAGCUCACCAUCAGUAAAUAGGUCCACACACAGUGACAAGUUUCUUAGUUGGAGACGUCAUUGCAGCCUGACUUGGGGGUUUGACCCUCAGACAGCUGUCGGUUAUGGUGACCAACGUCCCCCAGCCCCAGUGCCCUUCCCAAGGUUGUCCCCAAAGGACCAGCCUCCCGCCCAGAAAUGGAGAACCAGCUCCGUUUCGUUUCCUAUUUAUUUCCCAAAUACCCUGGGAAGCAUUGGCAAAUUAGGUGCAAUAAAUAAGCUGGACUAUAGAAAGAUACGUAAUAAAUAAGCUUUCAGUGUUUCUUGGAAGGUAUGGAGCAUUUGAAUGGGUUUCUUUUCUCUUUCUUUUUUUAAGUAUUCUUAUGGUAGGGGAACUGGUGAGAAAUAAGGGGAAUUUACAUAGUUCUCCAGAAAUUAAAACCAUUUCAGAGUCAAGGUAGAAUUUAUUUUUCCUCUAAGAUUUAAUUUUAACUGUGGCAAAACAUUACUCUUUUCAACGUUUUUUUAAAGGUGUAAAUUGUGAACUGCUAAAAGAAUGUUUUUGUGGUUUUGAUCCUUGCAUAUAAUUUGCAUUUUAAAAACAAGCAUUGCUUGUAGUCACUUGGAUGUUAAAUGGGUUGUAUAUUAUGUUUAUAAACCAAAAAAGUGUCAGCUCAUUUUUUAAAAGUGCCCUGUUUUCUGGGCUCUUCCCUCUCUGUGAAGUGAACGAAAACCUUGAGUGUCGUCCACCUGUUUCCUCCUGUAAAAUUCCUCCCCUGGAUGCGUGGCCCUCUGCUCUGGGAGGCGCCCAUCACUGAUACUGGGAGUAAAAAGUCAUGAGCACAAUGGGACCUUACAGGGUCCUGGGAGACCUUCUGGCAGGUUCUGUGCACUUCCUGACCGGGAAGUUCGGCUGUGGUUACACGCGCCUUUGCCUUGCCACGGUCGUCAAGCUCGUGGGCCCAAGUUGUAAAGCCGUGAAUGUUUUUGCACUUUGGGUGAUCUGAUCCCAGAGACCUUUGGACCCGUGAGGACCCCCAGGAGGGCAGCUGCGAUGACUGUGGCUCACUUUUACUUCAGUGUGAAUGUAAAAUGGAAGGCUUGUCUUCAUUCAAUGCCUAAAAGUGCCUUGUCGUGAAACGUCUGCAUGUUUUAAAAAAAUAAAUAUUUUUGUACACAAAGUUAAAGGGGGGAUGCACUUUAAAAUCACGAGAAUGGGUGUCUUUUGUGUGGUGUAAGAGAGUAGGUUGUCUGUAUCUCAAAUGCGAAAAUAUAAUAAAGGUAGAAAAAACAAAACUGAAA